GCCCUGUUGUAGGCACAGUGUCUCAAAAAUUGCAGACAGGGUGUGCGGACAAACGCAGACCCUCGUGAGGAUGGAAAUUACAUCAUGCAAGCAGCGCGUGAACAUGGAUGGCCAAAGUAUAUUAUAGAGGAGCUCAGCAGGUCAGGACAACUUCAGAGUUUCUGAGCAUCUCUCGCCUGUGAUCAGAACAAUCUCAAGUGCUUUCAGGACAAACUAGCAAGAUCCACAGAUAUCGGAGAGAAACAGAAAUCAUUCUUAUGGAUUAAGACCAUUAGGAGGUUCAUCUGAUACCUGAAUCACUACACCUGAAAACUUUGAGGAGUCUCGCGUCGUGUCUCAAAGGACAGACGAAUCAGAGACGCACACAAAGCUCAUUGUGUUAUCGCGAGAGGAUGAAGAUGUUGUGUUCUAGACAGGUUCUCCAACAGUGGCUCUUUGCUCUGUUCUUACUGUGUUCUCCUGUUCCUCACCACGGCCGGCCCGUCGAUGCCCUCAGCAGUCGAAUGAAGCGUUCAGUAACGCAUGCUCAGCUGAUGCACGAUAAGGGACGGACGCUGCAGGAAUUUAAGAGACGCAUGUGGCUGCAGGAAUUACUGGAUGAAGUCCAUACGGCCGAGAUCCGUGAAGCUCAGCAGCAGAGAGGAGCGAUUGGCAGCAGCGGAGGUGGAGGUAGCACUCUCGCCGCCACCAUGCCGAUAGAUGCAGGCAUGGGGAUCGCCUUGGGAACGGACACCGUCAAUCCGAAACCUGCCGGAGGAACCAAGAAUCUGCCGAACACCUUCCGUCUGGAGGACGAGGAGGGCACCAACCUACCGCAGGAAACCAAUAAAUCACAAACGUACAAAGAGAGCUCGCUGAAGGCCAUCAAUAAGAGAAAGAAGAAGGGUCGGGCAGGGAAGAGAAGAGAGGGUGAGAAGAGGAAGAGGAGGACUCGCUCGCUCAGGCGAUCGCCACUAGAAGAGUUUGGGAGCGGCUUCCACCUGGAGUGGCGGCCGUACUCGGGUCAGCUUUAAAACACUGUCAGUCUCUGACAACGAUCCAUUUGAAAUGAACACCAGAAGAUUCAUGUCAAAGUGAGAGGAAAAUAUUUAUUACAUGUAAAUAUUCUCAAAGCGCCCACAGUGACACUAAAUAAUAAAGACACUGUCGAGUUAUCAAUAAAUCUCAACGGAGCGGCCGAGUCAAAACCUUGUGAAUACCUUUGCUUUGUUUAUUUUUUAUUCUCAUUUUUGUUUAUAAAUGUAGGACUAUGCCUCUAUUAUGGUGUCAAAAUUUCUGUAAUUUAUUUUGUUUGAAUGGUGUAUUUAUUUUGUAAAAGUAUCAGGUGCUGCUGAUAUUAUUUUUGUACUAUAAUGCACUUUAGAUGUAUAAAUAAUAUAGAAAUAUAUAAAGGUCAUUUUGUUAAUGGACAUAUUUUUGUGGUUCGGUUAAAUGAAGUUUAUAAUCAUCCCUCUCUGUUAUGUUUUAUGUUUGACAGCUUUUCUGUUUCUGUAUGUCAAUCGCUCUGGUUCACAACCUAGUGAGUGGCCUUCAUAGACAGCAUUUUAAGGCCUACUUUCCUGUGUUGAGAAAGGAAUAGAAAUGUUCAUAAUAAAUAUUUUGUAAUGUUGAAGCCAAGUAUACAAGUCAACAUUUGAAUCAGAUCAAAACUCUUGUCUUUGAUUGAUUAACUUUUUUGAUCCGCUUCAAAUGCUGACUAGUGUAUUUUACCCAGUGUUUGCUAUCUAUGUAUUAAAUCGUUGGCUUAGCAGCAGAGUUCACUGUGCAGAGCACUGUUUGACUUGCUGCCUCUAAAAUUCGCUUAUGAUUAUUUAACUGUUAUUUAUGAGGUGAGGGUUCAUGUCAAUCCAGGAAAGAGCUGUAGACAGCACACUGGGGUUUGAAACAGAGCUUUUGUGUAUGCUUUCAUUUUUGGUUUCUCUUCUGACAGGCAUGUUGUCAUACACCUGAUAUCAGUUACCAUAGAGCUGACUGUACAUGACCAGCACAUGUUAUAAAAUAACUCUUGUUGUUUUGCACUGAGAGAAACUCCCCUGUACUGAAUGAAUUAAACAUCUGACAGUCUCAA